AGGAGAUUACAUCAUAUAAAUUCAAAUACGCGACUUGCGGCCGGUGUUUCUUUCGACUUUCUUUACGCGCCUCCCCACUCCCGUCUAAACAAACCAGAAAAUUCUCACACCAAUGGAUCUCGCUCCGAUGAAGCGCGACAUCGACGACCUGAUAUCCCAAUUCGCCGCCGCCGAUUCGACUCGCUUCACCGAUAUGAAGCAAGUCUGGCUCUCCAACAAGUUCUCCUACAUCUACGACGCGCGUCCCACUUGCACCAAUUCCCUCGCCCUCUUCAUGCAAUCCCUCUAUUCCCACUCAAUCGGACACCUAAUCUCCCCCGAUUCCUCCCUGUCACGACGGCUCGGCGGCCUCUACUGCCUCUACUGUCUCUACGAGACCCAGCCCUUCAAGCCCCCUUUCAAGGUCUACCUAUCCCUCGAGGAGCUCAAGAAGCUCCGGAAGAUCGUGGCCGACGCCAAGGUCCGGGGCGUGAGUGCGGCGAGUGCCGUGGUGAAGCGGAUGCUGGAGAAGAAUGCGUUUUUGUUCGGGUGUGUGGAGACGAACGAGGGUUUGAAAGGGAAGGUGGAUGAGUUGACGGAGCUGGAGAACGCGAGGAUUAAAGCGGCGUGUAAGAAGUUGUUUGAUGAUACCAAGAUUGAGGAGUUUAUUCACAUGGAUUUGGGGAUGGAGGUUGAUUUGAGGAAGGUGAAGCAGAUGUGUAGGGAUUAUGAGGAGUUGAAGAGGGUUGCGGCGGUGGAGGGCGGUGAUGAAGAGAUGAAGGGGGUUUCCCAAGGUAAGGAGUUGGUUGGGGAUGCAAUGGAGAAGAUUGCCAAGGAGUGGGAUGCUCAGAGGGAAGUGUUUUAUCGGCAGACGGGAUUGAGUCAGAAACUGAAUGAAGAGGAGCAGCAGCAGCAGCAGCAGCAAGAAGAGGAGGGAGAUGAUGAUAGUUUCGACAAGGAACUCGAACAAAUGCUCUCUGAAGCAUGAUGGUGACUGUACUGUAGAUUUACCCAACGCAUAAAAAGCAAGAAUAUGUUUAUGAAGCAGUGCUUAAUGAGGUCUGAAAUGAUGAGGUUGUGCAGCCCAUAGUUCCAGUAAUUUUCCAACACACAAAGGCAACUAGUUAUCCAUAUGGACAAACAGGAUAAUUAUGGCAUGAAUCGGAACAGCAGGGAAUAAAACCUUCAGUUGGUUGAAAACUGCUCGUAGAUCAGAUCACUAGAUGUCCAAUUGAACUAUGAGCUAGAGGUCUUUUUACUUUUGUUUGGGCCAUGGCGGCAGUGCUCCUAAGAUCAUAGAAGCAAUGCUGCAGAAAAAGAAGAUUUGUUGCAAUGCAGCUCCAUAGGAACCAUAAAUAGUAACGCGUGAAAUAUUAGCAGAAAUAGAAAGGAAUGCUGUAACUGGGGUGGGUGUGAUCAAACCUAUCCCUUUUUUGGGUCGACUCAUAAAGUGAUCCAUAAACAUCAGUAAAAGCCAGAGCAUAUCAGAAAGGCGAUACCAACAGCAGUGAGAAGCACUCCGGCUAAUAGAAAAAGAAGCUAUAAGCUGAUGAUAAUGAGAGCAGUACCGACAGCACCAAUAGCAUGCUUUCCAAUUCCCUUUACUAGGGGGGCCGUCACCAGGGCCUAUGAUCCAACUCCAUACCGAGAUGCCCUUCUGAUGAGUCUCUCUUUCUUAGGUUUAGUCUGUAGCUUCACUUCCUGGAAUUUUGGAAUUUACUGAUGAUACUUUAUCUUCAAAUUAUUGUGCUUGCUGAACCUUUUCACUUGAAGUGAAUCGGAGAUGGUAGGUUCUCUUGUAUGAUGCCCCUUCAGAUCUCGAGGACAUUUCAGUCUCCUCUUCGAUCACUGCCUCCUAUUACCUGGAUCUGUGAGCUAAUGUUUUAACAUGGUGGAAUCCUGAUGUAAUCUUGCACUUGUAUUUGGUGUGGUAAUAAGGAAGGACGCUUUGAGCCGUGCAGCUAUCCCUUUUACGGGAAUAUACAAACCAAAGCUUUAGAAACACAGGCUCUGCUUUCUGGUCUCAAGUUAUGUUCAUCUUUGAGUUUAAGAAGAUUGAAGUGGAAGGAGAUGCCCAAGGUGUAAUCAAGAGCCUGGCAAGUACUAGUUUUGAUUUCAGUGAGGAAGGAGUUCUCAUGGAUAACAUAAGAGAUUGAAGUUAGAGUUUGGAGUCAAUUUCAUAUGGGUUGUAGCAACGUGCAGCAAAAUUUGGAUGGCUUUCUUUUCAUCUUUCGCUGAUCACCUUGCAGUAAAGUUUUUUAAAUAGCUUCAAGGGUUAGCACCUGUUUUACAGCUCACCAGAUUAUUCCAUGGUUACUAUGUACCAAUAAUCCACCAGUUACCACGUAACUUUGGCAUUCAACUAAACCUCGAUCUGCUUUCUAUAUCUCCAUCUCUUGAACCCCAUUGUAAUUAUUGAUGAAAGUCUGUCAUGUAUUUUUAAUGGCCAGCUUGUUCCUUGUGCUUGAAAUAUAUGUUUUCUUAUUAAUUGAAAAUGUUCCAACUUG